GGUUUAAUGAAAAAUCUUGCCAGGAUACUAUUCCGCUUUUAUACGAGUUAGUAAUUAUUAGGAGAAACUGUAACCUUCGAGAGGUUGUAAGUAUAAUGGACUUUCUUCUUGCUGAACUCGAUAGAAAAAGGAAACAGAUAGAUCAAAAUGAAGUCACAUCGAAUAAAAAAUACUUUAAGCGUGGGGACCUAACUGCUAAACAGGCAGAAGACUAUAGAAAAAAGCAAGAGAAAAGGCUUCAGGAAAAAGAGGAGAGAGCUGGUAAAAGGGCUGCAGAUGAUGAUAUAUUUGCUGCCUUCAAAAGAAAAAAAGAUGAAAAUGAAGCAAAUUCUGCUCUGAUUCCAAGAGAGGAGGUGAUUCGUAGAUUGAGGGAAAGGGCAGAACCAAUUAGAUUGUUUGCUGAGAGUGAUGAGGAAGCUUGUCAAAGAUUGAGGCGAAUUGAGAUGCUUGCUCCAGAAAUUAAUAAGGGUUUGAGGAAUGACUUCAAAGCCGCCAUGGAAAGAGUGGAUCAGGAAUAUUUAGCAGAGUUAAUUAAACAGCAGGGUGGUGGUGAACAACAAAGUUCAGAAAGUGAAGAAUCGUCACAAGUUGAAGAAGAUGGAACAACCUUGGAGGAUAUCAAGGAACUGGCCAUAAAUAUGGGUAAAGGUAAUGAAAAUUUGGAUCAAGAUGUCAUCUUAAAGUUUAUUCAGUUCCUCCUUGGUUUAUGGGCUAAGGAUUGCAAGACAAGAUCUGAUGAUAGCAAAAGAAGCCUUGAGGCAAAAUUGGCAGGUGCUACUCAAAGACAGACAGAAUCAUAUCUGAAGCCAUUGUUGAGAAAACUUAAAAAUAAGAAAACACCUCAAGAUAUUCUUGGUGCAUUAACAACCAUCAUAAUGAAUCUUUUAGAAAGAGAGUAUGUCAAGGCCAAUGACUCAUAUCUUCAGAUGGCAAUAGGAAAUGCACCUUGGCCUAUUGGUGUAACUAUGGUGGGAAUUCACGCACGAACAGGAAGAGAAAAAAUUUUUGCUCAGAAUGUGGCUCAUGUUCUCAAUGAUGAAACUCAAAGGAAGUACAUUCAGGGACUAAAACGUCUGAUGACCUUUUGCCAAAAGAAGUUUCCUGCAGAUCCAUCAAAGUCUGUGGAAUACAAUGCUGUAAAGUGAUAAUAGAUGAAAGGAUUAUCAACAAAAAUACUAACAAACUGCAAACACAAAAGAACAUUUAUUAUUAUUCUUUCACACUUGCUUUACACAAGAACUAUGUUUUAACCCUCAAUGUGGUAAUGUUUGAAUGUAAAGAACCUUUAUGUAAAUUUCUUAUAAAUAGUGUUAUUGAAAGACGUUUAAUUAUAUUGCAUACAUAAUGAGUGACGCAACAGACUUGAAAAGGUCAGGGAAGAAAGGCAACUUCAUCAUGAAGAAGAGAAAACUUCAGUGAAGACCACAGAAAAACCCAGAUAAGCUGUUAAACACUUAUUUUUUAAAUCUCUUUCAUUCUUAGGGCUGUAAAUUAUAUAUAUAGAAUGUUCAUAGACUUCUGUUAGUGCACGUAUCAUCUCUGUAGACGUUGGCAAAGGGUCCAAAGGCAUACUUAAGCCCCCAAUAAGGAUGUUAUGUAUAAAUUUCAUAAAGGGGCAAGGAAAAGUGA